AUGGUUCCUCAGUUCUCCUCCGAUUUAAUUCUUCGUCUUUUCAACUUCUCUUCAUGGGUUGGCUCUGGAUUCCUACAUCGGUUGAAGCCUCGCCUCCGAUUAGAAGUGUUCUUCUAUGAUGACCAACUGGAAUCGAUUUUUCAACAGGUUACUAGGAAAUUGACGGUUUUGAGUGAUCAUCAACAAAUGGAUGUAUCGACUGUGUGGUCUGAAAUCAGAUACCCAUAUGUAUGUAUUAGGGAAAACCUCAACAUCAUUGAUCUGUUUUGCUUUAUUUGUUAAAAAAUAUGAUCUAAUUUCAUAUGUGUGGUAUCCAAAGUAGUUUGCCCUCAUAUUCCAUAAGCAUACUCCACCGGAUUCAACAGUAGCUCUAAUAUAUCAACCAGGGUUAAUAUUGCCCCUUUCAAUUGGCUAGAAGUUUUUAUAGAAGUUCCUUAAGGGGCAGGAUACAAGCAUUUGGAUUGAGAUGAGUAUAGAAAUAGUUGCUUUUCUUAGGAGGCAAAUUCAUCAAAUUAGACAAACAAUUACAAAUUGCUUUUCUUGAUUUACUAUUCAAGCUAUGGAUACAAGAUGGGGUUGCUAGUAGGGGGAGCACACCUUGAGAUAGAUAUAAGGUGAUCCGGUUGUUUUACUAUUCAUCCCAGGAUAGAGAUUGUUUUUCUUGAUGAUGCGACAUAAACCUCCGGCGAGUCUUCUGGUCUUCUGCUGCGGCGGAGAUCUAACAUCACAGUGCAAAGUCGUUAGAGCCGUCCAGGGACUGUGCCCCGGGAGCGGGCUCCGACGGUCAAGUUAGAUCAGCUAGAGGUUUUGAGAUAGGUUUUGAGAUGGUACUCCAUAGCUGGAGAGAACCAUCUUGGUGCUAGUUGUGGUGUAUGGUGGUUGACGGCCGGGUGGCGGCUGAGCUACCCGGCCGGAGUAUGGUGUGGCGACUGAGCCAUGGGGAAGGAUCCCCCUCCACGGAGGAGGUAUUGUUCAUUAUAUAGGUUAUUAGGUUAGGCCUUGGGCCAGCCCAAUUCAGUACAAUAUCGUCAAUUUCUCGAGAAAAUAUUUAUGAUACGUUUUUAAUGGAUUUAAUUGAAAAAAUCGAAGU